AAUUUGUUAGUUCUACGUUCUUUUUGCUCCCAUCAAAGAUGCUAUGAGUAGAAGUAGAUUGUACGUUUUUACAAAGUGCGCGCGUUUUAUGAUUGUUUACUAUUUCAGUAUUUCUGGAGAAUUUAAAUUGUGUUGCGAUGGAUGAAAGUAAAAUGGUAAAUACUGGUGACAAGAGACCUGAGUGUGUGAAAACACAGUUAUUUCGAAGAACCAUGGAAAGCAUUUUUAAAGGAAUUUGCAAGGAUAUCGAUGAAGGAGUGAUGCAAGAGUGUUAUGGAAAACUUCUUGGGAAAUAUCCAGCCCAAAUACAUAGCCGUUUUAUAGACAAUGUAGAAACAGAAUUUAAAAUGGAAAUUGAUGAACUUGUAAUUGAAGAAAAUGUAAAUGAAAAAUUUCUACAACUUCAAAAGCUGGAAGAAGACAUCUCACCAGGAAAUGUGAAAUGGCUGCCGUCGAGGAACUGCUUGAAUGACAUACGUUCUCAUGACUGUCAGAAACAAAUGCAAUUGAAACAGGAGCUGGUGGCUUUAGUAGAAAAAGAAGAAGCAGAGGUAGAAAAAAUGAAGAUGAAAGUAGAAGAUGCAAGAAAACAAUCUGCAAACCUUCAAAGCAAGGUUUCAAACUUGACUGAAAUUUCUUCCAAGCUAAACACGUGCACAGAGAGAAUAGAAAUACUACUAGAAAACUUAGUUUCAGACUUAGAACUUGGUCACUAUAUUUAUGAGUGACUUCCAGCUGUUUGUGUCCCAGAAAGUACAUACCUUUUCUGAGUGCAGCAGUUAUGUCUCAUGAUCCAAAUAAUCAUCGCACAGUUCAGUCUCUACCAUAUUUUGUAACAGUAGUUAAAAAUGUGGAUUUUAUUUUUGUUAUAUUUCUUUGUGUACUGUAAAUUGAUAAUUUUGAUUAAGGGCUAAGACUCUGAAGGCUUCAAACUGCAGUUUUUCAUUCACCAGAUGUGGCUGCAGUUUCUAUUAAAACCCGUAGUAUUAAUGUAUGAAAAAUAGCAUUUUUUUAGUGCUUUGUAUGUGCAAUUUCUUUAGUUUUGAUCUCAUGUUGACAAUAAUUUUUAUUUUGUGUAUAUGUAUAGCAAAAGAUUGAUUGGUAUGGUCCUUUGAACACUAUAGAUUUUAAAUACUAAUAUCUGAAUUUUAUUAAAAUCUGCUGUUAUAUUUUUAUUUUGUAGCCAAUGCACCCUGUCUCUCUAAAAAUUUUGUAUUCUGUCAAUGCAGUUCUUUUGAAGGAUAAUUAUGUUAGUUCUGCUUUUUGUCUGCUUGAGCUGAAAUGUCAAGCAGUCAUAGAAAGCAGUAAAUGCAAUCAAAGAGAAACAAAUGAAAAUCCUCUGACAAUUCACCAUCAUGUUUGCAGUAUUUGUGUAAAAACUAGUGUACAAUUAUGUUCUUACAGGAAAGCAGGAUGUGUAGAUCAUUUUCUGCAAGCAUGGGAAACCCCGACCUACCUCUUUGACUCCCCUGCCAGUAACACUAAAUGAUUGUGUUUAAUGUAGAAAAGUGAUCUACAGUCAGUUGAGUGGUUGUUGUUGUUGUUGUUGUUGUUGUCAACACUAGAAUUCCUUUUAUUGUAAUUUUUGUAACCAGCAGCAAUGAUGCUUCCAAGGUUUUUAUACUUUUUGGUGGAAUGCAGAGGUAGCUACGUGGAGUGCAGUCCAUGAGCCUUUGUAAUCAUCACAAGCUGUCAGCUAGAGACCUCAGUAGACAAUGCAGUGAACAUUCACAUCUCAUUGUGAGGAAUAACUGCAUUCAAAUAGCUGAGCCAUUCUGAGAGCUUAACCUCCUUGCCACUCCAUCAAUUAAGAUUUACUCUGCAUUUGUUCUACAGGCCAUACUGUGGACAAAGUAACUGUCUCCAAAUAGACCUUAUAUGCCCUAGGAGCAACAUUUGUGAGUGUUCCAUAUUCUGUGCAGAAUUUUUGAUGCCUACAAAUCCAUUUUUGGGAGUGGUAAAGCGUACCACUGAAAAUGAAACAUUAUAUCAACACUGGAUCACUGUCACUUACACAGUGUGUUCCCACCUGAGAGACUGUUAAUAUGGGAGGAAAUGGGAAGGUGCUCCAAGAUGACACAAAAACACGUCAAAGAAGCCAUGAUCCUUGACAGUGAUCUUUGUGGGGGAUAAGGGUAGCAUUUCUGUGUUGACCUCAGAACUGAGAGAGUUACCAUAAAUGAUGUCUAGCUGCUGCAAUAACUUGAUUACAUUUUGGAGUAUUUCAGAUGAGUAAAAUAUUCCUCUGCUGUGGAUAUGCAAACUGCUUAGUAGCUAUUGAGGCCCAUGUGACUGAAAGACAUUUGAAGAGCAUGUACAUUGCUUAAGAUAUGAACUGUAACCUUGGAGCAGUAUGUGUAUUGUUCUCUAGCCAUGAAAAGGUGUUUCAGUCAAAACUAAUGUCACAUUGCUGUGUGGUUCACAGGAUUCCAACUGCCUCCCACCUACGAACAGUCAUACAGAACAUUCUGAUUACUUAUUGACACAUAUUCUUCCAAGCAACAUGAACAGAUUUCAUAUCUGCCAGAGGCACUACUAAAGUUGGAGGGUAGUGGGGGGAUCACCAACUUCUGUUGUCACAUUCUUCUUAUGGUAGUGCAAAUGUCUUAGUAAUAUUAAAGAUGAUGACAGGCUAGUGUCAUUUGUUACCUGUCUAUAAAACAAAGCUGUUUUUCAUAAAUACCAGAAAUGUUUAAACUGUCAUCAAUUGCUCUUUGUGCUGCCAGUGUUACUUCAGAAGACAGCUAUCUUUAUAACAUCAACAAGGCUAGGGUCUGCUUUGUUCAAAGCUUUAAUGAUUCCCAUAUAUGACAACAUAAGCCAGACACUGGAGAUUGCAUUUGUGAUGCUGCCCUGCAGAUCAGUGACUCAUGCCACAUAUGACUGAUCUAUUAUUAUUAUUAUUAUUAUUAUUAUUUGACAUACUGGUUAAAGUUUAAAAAGCAAGCCACAUUGUGAUUUUGGUAUAUAUUUUAAGUAAAAUUAAAUUUGAAAAUAGAAUAUGAUUUAGUUGGAACAACAAGCCAAUGAAUAUCACCAGGCGGCUCAAUUUUAUUUGAUAGUACCUAGAAAGUAACUGAUUACUUAACUUUUCAUGUAAGAUAAAUAGGUCCUAGGUUUUUGCACUUUAACUUCUUUUAUUGCUUCCAGUAGCACUAGUUAAAAUUACACUUUUGUAUAAACUUCUCUUCUCUCUCAGCUCCAAGACAGAAGGUAUUACUGAUAAACAAACAUUGUGUACUGAUGAGUGCAAACAUGAUCUAGACCUUUCCAUGUCCAUAGCUGUGAUUAACUUGAAACUGUGGUCAGUUGACAAGAGCAGUUGCUGAGGUAUAAAUAUAACUCUAACAAUGCAGACUCAUUACUUAACAUUUCACUGCAAAUUUAUUAAUGUCAUUCAAGUGCAAUAUCACACUUUGAAGAAAGAAAAAAGGUUUAACAUAAAACAAAUUUUGACGAAAGCUAAUUUUCUGUGUGAAAUUUUGAAAAAUGCAAUUUGUAAACAAGUAGUUGCAAAUAAC